AUGUCUGUGGAAUCGUUCACAAUCGAGGCAUGGACCUACUUGGUCAUUGACAUCGUUGUGGUCGCAGUCCGCACCCUCGCGCGGUGGCGCCAGAUGGGGAUCCGCGGCCUGGCGCCCGACGAUUUCCUCAUGAUUAUCGCCAUUCUCCUAUACACGGCCGAAACGGCAACCGCACACUACGUCGGCGCAUACUGGCAUGGCCUGGCCAACAGCGGGUAUGUCUCCCUGGGCCCCCUGAGCGAGGAAUACCACCUGCGCGUCAAGGGUUCUCAGACGCAGCUGUUCGGUUGGCUCGUCUACACCUGUCUCCUCUGGACCCUUAAGACGGCCUGGCUCUUCUUCUUCAAGCGACUCGGCGACGGUGUGGGCAACAUGUCCCUCAAGAUCAACAUCGGCUUCGUCCUUGUCUUUGUCACCUUCUUUGGCACAUUUUUCGCCAUCCUCUUUGGCUGCUACCCGGUGGAGAAGCACUGGCAGAUCUAUCCCGACCCAGGCAACUUUUGCUACCCUGCAGUGUCCCGGCUGCAGGCGAUUGUGCUAAUCACAACCAACCUGACGACCGACUUUUACAUCAUCUCGAUCCCGAUGCCGAUGGUGUGGAGCGCGCGCAUCUCGACGCCCAAGAAGAUGGGGCUAUGCAUCAUGUUCUGCGGCGGUCUCAUCACGGCCGUCUUCGGCGGCCUGCGGUGCGGCUACGUGCUCGCCGACACGGUCGACGGCCCCCAGCAGGCGGGCGAGUGGUCCUGCCGCGAGUCCUUCGUCGCCGUCUUCGUCACCAACUUCCCCGUCAUCUUCCCCAUCGUCCACCGCGCCCUGCGCGCCCACGGAGGCACCCUGUUCGGCGCCAGCUCCUCCGGCAAGAACACCGGAGGGACCCCCGGCACCGGCACCAAGAACAGCUCCGGCUUCAAGCUGACCACCAUCUCGCGCCGCAACCAGAAGCGCAACUUCAAGCACCCGCUCUCCCUGCCCGCCGACACUGUGUACACCCGCUUCGGUGCCGCCGGGUACGACGGCAAGUCCAUCGUCCCGUCCAUUCCCGAGGAGGACAUUAAGGUGACGACUGAGUGGCAGGUGCACAGCCAGCGGAUGGACGCCGAAACCGCCGCCCGCGAGAAGCGCAACGUUGAGAUGGGCUUCCACGCCUCGUGA